AUGAAUCUUGCAAGCAGACUGUCAAAAGUGAUACAGUGCCUACAAGAUAAUGGCCUGUCCACGUCAACCUUCAUGAGUGGCAUUCUCGAAAGCAGCCAUGUCGAACACCAGGACGCAAAACUCUCGCUGAGAUCUAAUGCGAGUCAGAUGUGCACGCUGCUGAACGCUAAUGAAGACUCACAUUCAUCCGUCCUCUCCUGGGCAAUUGCCCUUGUACACACAGAAUUGUGUCGAGAAGUUGCCGAACUCAGUCUCCAACAGCACGGCCUUCAUUUUCGAGCAACGUCGGUGACUGUGGAACAACUCGAGACGCUACUCAUCGAUCAACUUGCAAUGAAAAUGAAAACUGUUGCCCCACACCUUUGGAAUUUAAUGAUGGCCCUUCUUGACAGCAGGGACAGCUGCUGGCGCAAAAUGCCAAGUCCCUCAGCUGUGGGGUCACAUAUGGCAGACGCUGUUGAACAACGAGAGAUGGAUUUGGGCGAAUUCAGUGGAGAUAGUAUUGGGUCGAUGGGGCCAGGCAAUGAUGACAGCGAUGAUGAAAGUGAAGAAGCCUUUGAGAGGCGCCCAAAAAAGCGCCAGCGUCGUGCUGCUGAAAGGAAUGAGGCGCUACUCGUUAUUGUAAGUCCCAAAGUGUAG